UCCUGCAGUGUUGAGUGAUGUUAUCGGGCACAUCUCAUCUCUUGACCUCCUACUUUUGACUUCAGAACACAAAUCUCUCAUGCGAUAAGGUUUUAAAUAAUAUAAAAGUCAAAUUGGUUUCCAGAAAAGUUUGCUGCUCAUUGCUACUGGCAGCGUUCCUUUUUCAAAGAGAAAAGGCACACAUAGAUUCGGAGAAAAUCACAAAUUGCAAACGCCGGUGGAGUUAUAAUGUCGCAAGAACGUAUGCAUCACUUGGUGUUUGAGAUCUGUGUGGGCAUAGUUCUGCUGCACAUGGCCUUAAGCGCUUGCAUCAUUCCGAAGAGGACAAUUCCCAACGGCAGCAUCCGGUACCACAGACGAAGAGACUUGAAGUCCACUCAGGUCCAGGAAGCACACAUUUUGCGCUUCAGAUGCAAUCGUGGAUAUACGAGGGUAGGACCAAGAGUAAUACUCUGCGAAAAUGGCGAAUGGACGGCGCAAGUCCCGCAGUGUGUCAAGAUGGAAUGUGAAGAGCCCCCGUCUAUCUCUAAUGGUAAAUAUACAGUGAAAACAAGCGAGGAUGGCAGGAAGGUAAUCGGAUCAACAGCUACAUAUACAUGUGAUGCAGGGUUCGAGAUAGAAAACGAUACUUCAGCCGUUUUAACAUGUGAAUUGGAUCUGAAGACGAAUGACAUUCACUGGAGCAAUCCAACUCCGAGAUGCAAAAAGAAGAAGUCGUGUCCUGAUCCUGGAGUCUCCGUGGAUGGUGCAAGGAAAGGAAAUUGUUGUUUCGUCGGAGAUGUUCUGAUGUAUUCCUGUAAAGAAGGUUUUGAAUUGGUUGGGAUAGAUACUCUCGUUUGUUUGCCCACUGGUAACUGGAGUGCACCAAGACCACUCUGUCGACCUUUGAGCGAUCACUGUAGUUCGCCUCCUUCCAUUACCCAUGGAUCAGUCAUCGGGGAUAAAGAGGGGGAUUUCUACCUACCCUAUGAUGAAGUGGAGAUCACAUGCGAGCCAGGCUUCGAAUAUCAGGGUUAUGAAUUCAACUUGUGUCUCGAAGAAAUUGGAUGGGAGGAGACCUUUUCUGAAUGUAAAGAGAUCUUUUGUGAUCAACCAGAGCCACUUGUGAAUGGCUCUAUUCCGGAGCUACAGUCUACCAACAUGAAAGCUUUUCCCUACAACUUCGAGAUCACGUAUGUGUGCAAUGAAGGUUACCGACUAAUUGGUGAUAGCUGGAGGCUCUGCAGUGAGAAUGGAUGGUCCGGAGAUACACCAUACUGUGAAGAGAUCCGAUGUCCAGAUCCAGGGGUUCCAGAGCAUGGCCUUUCUUCUAGUAGAAGCUUAAAAAUUGGCAGCGAAGUCGCCUUCCAUUGCCUAGCGGGUUACAAUCUCAUCGGAUCAUCUAAAAUUUAUUGUAUGCCUAAUGGUGAAUGGAACGGAGAAGUCGCCAGAUGCGACAGCAAAGAUAACUAUUGCCCUGACCCUGGAACUCCUGUGAAUGGAAUGAAGAAUAACAGUUAUUAUGUAAUGGGAAGUAAGAUUCAGUGUAGGCCUGGUUAUGCUUUCAUGGGAUCGGAUGUUAUAGAAUGUCUACCAAACAGGACAUGGUCAGCAAAAGAAAUAAAAUGUAUCGGUUGGCGUAAGCGAGCAUGGGGCAAGAAUUGGAGUUUUGACGUUCGGUUCUAAUGCGGAAACAGCAUUCUUACCUACCAGCUACAAGAGUACGGAAGAUGUUCUCCGCGCCCUGGACGAGAUCAAGUACACUGGUGAAGUAAAAAUGUUUCAUGUCUGUUGGAAUUACUUUUAAAUUUUAUUAACAGUCAGGCCUAGUCUUAUUUUCGCUUACUUUUGGCUCAAAUAUUCCCUCGGAAGAGAAGGUUACGCAAAUGUAGACCAUUCGCAAGUGGGUUCCGUUAUCGCCGCUUGUUAGCUGGAGAUUAGCAACAGAAGAUUCUCAUUGUUGGUCUCUUCUGCGCUUAGCUGGAUUUUAAGGCGUACUUGAAUUUUAUAACAGUUAUUUUAAUUUACAUAACCUUUCCUAUCAAUUCUUGUUCCUCACUUACAACUCUCUACAAGAAUGAGUUUUUAGAAUCGCGUUGAAUGCUAAUGAGUUUGGUCUCGCUUGAAGCAAAGAAUAUAGACUUUCUUUGCUAGAAGCUCUGCCGGUAUAUUACGUGCCUUUUGAUAUUCGCGAGUUAGUUUAGAUUUAGGGCCAACUAAGUUAGAUUUGUUUUAGCUUCGGCUAAGUCUCUUAGCUCAUCACAGCUAGCUCUCAUUUGCUAUUUUGACUUCAAGCCGAGUGGAGGCUUUGCUGUGAGCCCAGGAUAGUUAACCCUUCUUGAUUUUACGAUUUCUGUUGUUUGAAAUAAGUCGCUUAACAGCUCACUAGGUUCAUCGGUAUUUACUUUAGUAGAAUAAGAGUGAGGAACUCUAAAAGGCAUUAUUGAGGAGUACUUUGGACUAUCCGCUGGCAUGCUGAGUUUCCAUCCGAAUGGUAAGGAAGUUUCACUGCAGUGGAUUGUGAAGUUCAGCCCUGGCAGCCUUUUGAUAAUUUUUUUAAGCCUUUUACGAUUUUUAUUAUAUUUCAGCGUUUAAAUUAUUUCUAAUUUGAUGGUAGCGCGUCUUUCUAAAGCUUUGUUGCAUAACUCAAAGUACGUUUCUUCGCAGUGUCUCAAUUUCUUAAUCUGUUGUAUUUAUGUCUC